AUGCAUGUCCUCACUGCCUUCACGACGCUUGUCGCUGCGGGCGCUGCUCUGCAGAGCAACCCUCAUGCAAAAGCUGCCGGAGCCAGAAAAUCGCACCCCAUGAUUCCUGCAGCCAACAACAAGCGCAGUGUCGAGGCCGAGAAGUCCAACGGGUUUCAGUUCCUGUCAAACUCCACCGAGAAGUUCUUCGUCAACGGCACCACCAUCCCUUCGGUCAACUUCGACGUCGGCGAGUCGUACGCCGGCAACUUGGCCAACACGCCGCAUGGCAAAUCCAGCCUGUUCUUCUGGUUCUUCCCAUCGACCAACCCGGACGCCGAGAAGGAGAUCACAAUCUGGCUGAACGGUGGCCCAGGAUGCAGCUCACUCGACGGUCUGCUGCAAGAAAACGGUCCUUUCCUCUGGCAGUCCGGUGUCUACGAGCCUGUCCGCAACAUGUACUCGUGGAACAACCUGACCAACAUUGUCUACAUCGACCAACCCGCCGGAACCGGUUUCUCACCUGGCCCAGCGACCGUGAACAACGAGGUUGACGUCUCCAACGAGUUCAAUGACUUUUGGCGCCGCUUCAUCGACACCUUCAGCAUGCAGGGCUACAAGGUGUACAUCACCGGUGAAAGUUAUGCUGGAAUGUACAUUCCGUACAUUGCCGAAGGUUUCAUCGAGCAAAACGACACCAAGUACUUCAACUUGAAGGGCAUUCAAAUCAACGACCCGUCUAUCAACGACGACAGCGUCCUGAUCUACGCCCCUGCUGUUGCGGCACUGAACCACUUCUCCGCCGUCUUCAACCUCAACGAUACCUUCAUGAAGGAGAUCAACGCGCGCGACAAGAAAUGUGGCUUCACCAAGUACCUGGACGAGGCUCUGACCUACCCACCCCCCUCUAACUUCCCGACUGUUCCAGACCCCUAUAGCGAUGACUGCCAGGUGUGGGAUGAUAUCACGACUGCGGCGGCUCUGGUUAACCCGUGCUUCAACAUUUACCAUCUCACUGAUUUCUGCCCGUACCCCUGGGAUGUGAUGGGUUUCCCCUCGCUUGCUGGUGGUCCCAAUGACUACUUCAACCGAUCGGACGUACAGAAGGCCCUGCACGCCCCGCCAACCGACUACUCGAUCUGCGGAGGUAACGUUUUCCCCGAGGGUGACAAUUCCGUGCCCAGCGCCCUGGGCCCAUUGCCCAAGGUCAUCGAGGCCACCAACAAUGUCCUCAUCGGACAUGGGUGGUAUGACUAUCUGCUCAUCAUGAACGGCACCCUGGCGACCAUUCAGAACAUGACCUGGAACGGUGCCCAGGGAUUCCAGAGGCCACCCACCGAGCCUCUCAUCGUGCCCUACACUUCUGGUUUGGUCGCGGAUCCAAACGUCUGGGACGGUGGCGCAGGUGUUCUGGGUACAGCCCACACCGAGCGUGGUUUGACCUUUAGCUCUGUUUACGGAUCUGGACAUGAAAUUCCCCAAUACGUUCCCGGCGCGGCAUACCGCCAGCUGGAAUUCUUGCUCGGACGAGUCAAGAACCUGCAGGACCCUGCACCAUUUACGACACUGAAGUAG